AUGAAUGCUCAAAUCAGUAACCUAGUCAUCAUGUUGAUCAUGAUGCAAGUAUCUCGUCGUUUGGAUAUGGAGGAUCCUUCGAUCGUGUUGUACAUCCGUAUCGCUUAUGUCGCUUCUGUUGCCAUCACUUGGUCCAUCUACCAAUACGCUAGAGCUCAAAUCGUUAAGAAGAACGAUUUGGCCACUUUGAAAUACGUGGCUCCAGCUAACCCAUUGGGUGGUCAAACCGAGAAAAAAUUGGAAGUCACUACCGUUCGUGAUUACGAUUUACAACAGAUUGAUUCUGCCAUUAAAUCCAUCUACACUGGUUUGGCUAUGAUGGGUUUCAUGCAUUUGUACAUGAAAUACACCAACCCAUUGUUCAUGCAAACCAUCUCACCAAUCAAGUCCGCUUUGGAACAUAACGAAGUUCAAAUUCAUUUGUUCGGAAAACCAGCUUCUGGUGAUUUGAAGAGACCUUUCAAGACUCCAUCUUUGUUCGGUGGUGCCGGUGGUGCCAGUGAACCAAAGACUGACAAGAAAUCUAUCGAAACUGCUGAAAAGGCUGGUAACGGUGGUGUCAAAGCUGAAUAA